CAGGAAACUGCAUGUUAUCGCUUACCAUAUUUUCUAUAGACUGUUAAAAAGCGGAAGACAACACAUCCGAUGUUGGUGUAGGGAACUUAUUCAGGUGGGAUUACGCAGCCUUCAAAGGUUUCACUCUGAAGAAUGGAAGAUUUCUACGCUAACAGCACCUCACAGAACAAAAGCUAUAAUUACAGCAACUUCAUUGUCGAUACCCAGUAUGUGGUGACAUGCAUGAUCAUUGCUCUCGGUCUUCCUUCGACCCUCAUGGCCAUCUAUGCACUUUUUUAUAUGGUGAGAAGUGAUCAUGUUGCUCCGAUCUACCUCAUCAACCUUUUCAUUUCUGACCUGCUUCAGCUCUGCUACAUGAUCGUUGAGGUGGCAGAACGUUGGGAUUCGAAGAUAUAUGAAAUCUUUUAUGUAUUUGUCUAUCACUUCGGCAUGAUGGCCAGUGUUGGGUUCAUGGUCUGCAUCUCCCUGGAAAGGUAUUUGGUCAUCGUCCACCCGCUGUGGUACCGCUACAGACGAACCAUCAAGACCUCUGUGGAGGUCUGUGUCGUGGUCUGGGUCCUUCCUCUUAUCUGUGUUAUCCCUUACUAUUUCUGGGAUAAGUAUGUGGUCACAGACAUAAUCUUGGCUGUCUUCCUUCUACUUCCCUUUCCACUGUUAAUCUUCUUCUUAGUUGGGACCCUCAGAGCCCUGUCUGCUUCCAUUGCGCUGCCCUCCAAAGAAAAACGACGAAUAGUUGGAAUUUUGGUUCUGGUGCUGCUUAUUUACAUGGUGCUGUUCCUGCCCAACAUCAUUUGGUUUCUAGGAUCACGCUUUAACGAAACACUCAACACCCUGUCAUUUACGUUUGCUAAACUGAGUCCUCUUGCAGACUUAGUCCUGUAUGUCUUCAUGAGGAAAGGAGCCAUUGACAAGUUUUUGGCCUCUGUGUGUUGUUGCAGAAUGGACAGCAAUGAAAUCAGCAUUUCAUCAGUAUGAAUGAUGACAACAUUUCCACAGUCAGCUUCAUGUAGGCAGAGAAAGAGGGAGAGAGAGAAGGGGGGGAGAAGAAAUGUAGGUGAAUAGAAAGUGUAGACAGAGACUAGACAGAUAUAGGACCUUGAUCUUUUUUGGUCACUCAUGAAGAUUUUAAUGUAGUUGUUUACUUUUUUCGUUGUAACAAAUGUUUCUCUUCCCAAAAAUGUAUUUAUUAAAAAGUAUUGUUAUUUUUUGUACAAAUAGAAAACACAAAUGAAUUUAAUUUGUUAACUUAGGUUUGGGAGCGGGUCCACGCCUCAACCACACCUCCAAUCACCUGUCAAGGCUACAUAUACAGCUCCGCUCAGCCUGCCCCGCUUGUUUCGGAUCGCUCGACACAAGACAGACAAUGAUCCACACUCAACAGCACACGCUUAACAGUACACUUGUUUCAGAUCGCUCGACCCACCAUUCCUUUCCCUUCAUCCAUUCAUCCCUAUACACAUCCACUCAUCCUCCUUUUCCUCUAUCCCCCAUCCCUGCUCCUCUCAUCCCUUCAUCCCUCAUCCCAUCAUCCCCCAUCCCCGCAUUCCCUCAUCCCUUCAUCCCCUCUUGCGUCCCCCACUCAUCCCUUCCUAUUUAAUCAGGGCACAGCUCUCUCAUGUCUCAUCUAGGUACCGUCUGGGGGGUCUUGAAAUCUCAGGCAAAAACACUUCAGAGACGAAACCCCCACACUGAGUCUCUCUGCCUGGUCUUCUGUCCACCAUCUCAGACCAGCCUAUCAGACGACAUCCUUCUUCCACCAUCACCCUUGCCUUCUAUCUGCACUAAUCCGUCCACCAUAAUCCCUGCAUUCCAUAUUUGCAUGUUUCUCUAAAUCACCAUUGUUGUGGUGUGGUCCUUGCUAGUGAACUACAUAUUGUUUGUUUAUCUUUAUUUAAAACUAGUUUGGCCAACACUGGUGUUUUACCGGUAGGCAUGCUAUUUUUAUGCCACAUCAUACCACAUUACAUGUCAGUUUAUAUCAAAAUUGUACAUUUUAUUCAAUCCAAUAAAAAUCUGUUUCUAGA